AUGAGCGAGACGGAAAGAGAUAAAGGGGAGACAGGGCGUGCCAUCACGACGUCGAUCCUACACUCGCCGUCGACGUCGACUUUGGAACAACGCCACUUCCCCGGUGACGACGCCCGAGGGGGCAUCUUGGCCAUUGAACCCGCAGUAUCUCCCAGUCUGGAAGCCGUUCAGGGCCGCUCGCCCUGGCGGAACCCAUGGGCCGAAGUCACGCUGGCGGACAACUAUCGAGUCGGAGGUUACAAUGUGGACUACGCUGGCCAAAGUUCACACACGAGCGGUCUGAGCCAGCUACAGCACGCGUACACCUCGCCAGUCCAUCAACACAACCAUCACCCACAGGCGGCGCAGCCGUCGCAGGCGCAACAACAGCAAACGCCCUACCAAGCACACCAUAAGCAGCAGACGCAAAACCCCUAUCAGCACCAGCACCGGAACUCCGUCCACCACCCCGGGCUGUCCCCCGUCGACGCCGGCACGCCGCCCGGCCAAGCGCAUGGCCAUAUCCCGAGCCGACCGGUCAUAGGCAUCAGCCAGAAGCAACAACAGCAGCAAUCGCAGUCGCAGCCGCAGUCGCAGCCGCAGCAGCCGGCGUCGCAUAAGCCGCAGGUCCCGAUGGAUCCCUCACACCUGCACAACCACCGGCUCGGCCACGUCCACUUCGGCACGGCCAACUCCGUCUCGUCGCCACUGUACGGGGCCGUCUCGUCUCCCACCCAAGCGGCAUACUCGUACAGCACGCCGAGCGCGAAGAGGCCACGGACGGACGACUUCGACCUCGGCGUUUCCGUCGUCGACCAAUCCGGCAUCGACAGCGUCCAGGCAACCUCGCUCGGGGCCGCGUACGACCAGGCAGCGGCAGCGGCGGCGGCGGCGGCGGCGACGACGCCCGACCACGGGCCCCAGAUGCACCACCACCACCACCUCCCCGACCUCGGGCCUCCAGCCAAGUCGAUGCGGCGGGAGGACAUGGGCGGCGCGCCGAGCAUGGUCGGCCAGGCGGGCAUGCCGGAGCCGGCGCCGCGGCCGCGGGGACCGAAGCUCAAGUUCACGGCCGAGGACGACCAGCUGCUGAUCGAGCUGAAGGAGCAGAAGAACCUUACGUGGAAGCAGAUUGCCGACUUUUUCCCCGGGCGAUCCUCGGGCACGCUGCAGGUGCGCUACUGCACCAAGCUCAAAGCCAAGACGACGCUCUGGACAGAGGAGAUGGACGACAAGCUUCGCAAGGCGCUGCAAGACUACGAGAACGAGAAAUGGCGCAUCGUGGCACACAAGGUCGGCUCGGGCUUCACGCCGGCCGCGUGCCGAGAGCGAGCCGGACAGCUGUCGGGCGACGAGCCGGAGCAGCUGUGGGAGUCCAUGUCACCGAAGGCAGCGUCUCUGCCGGAUUCGAUGGAGAUGCCGCAGACGCAGCGGCCAUGGUGA